AUGCCCGGUUCUUGUGUUAACAACCAGGUUGGUAAUCAGCCAGCUCCGCUACAUUCUACCGGGAUCUCUAAUCCCAAUCUCCCAGACGACGAGGCCCCCUUCGACGCCUCUCCGAGAUCUACUACUUCUACUAACGACGCCAACCGUCACUCAACUCGGCUGGCCAACCUCCCUGCAGCCCCUGGGCUCGACUUCCCUACAAGCAGAGCUACCAAGGGCAAAGAUUCUAAUUCAAGCUCCUGCUCGAAGAUUCCAAGACCCCCGACCCCUAGGGAACUUGCACUCCCCAAGGGAACUGAUGUACAACUUCGAGCUGAAAUCGACGCCCUCCACGGCGACAUCCAAGCUACUGUCGACCGAUUCGCGUCGGUUGACGAAAGAUUCGACUACAUCGAGCACGAGAUCGGUACUUUGACUACUACGGUCAACUCCCUUUCGUCGGAUGUCACCCUCAUGAUCGACAAGCUUAACGACGUUCUCGACAAGAAGCCAGACUCGACUUUGUGUCCCCCCUCUACUGUGGUAGUCCCUCCGCCUUCAGAGAAAUCCCGCCUCGAGCUACCCAAGGAAGCCAUUGAUGCCCUAUUCUUUCGUGGCCAAAGCUUCCAGAACAAGGUGGAUAAGUGCUGUGCAGCAUGCAACAAUGCUCCUACGGUUGAAGGUGGUCGAUUCAUUGGUAAUGAUGAUCCGAGAUCCUUCGCUGAAUUCUCUCAACUGGUUCGCCAACAUAAUAUGUACCUCUACGGUGAUGCGGUUACCCGAUACUUCUUUCUACUACAUAACCUCUCUCCGAGUGUUCACAACUCCACAGUGUUCGGCCUGCAAUAUGGUGAUGCGCAAGACACGCCUCAAUGUACCAGUGUGAACGACUUCCAAAGGCUACUCGACAAGGUGUGGAACCAUCUCAUGGAUGAGUUUGCUAAAUCAUCCGGUCUAUUCGAUCACUACAAGGCACUACAACUUCUUAAACUCUCUCCCGGUGCUGACUUUGACGGCCAUCUCAGUCGGUUCACUACCCUUAUUCGUGCCAUACAGAGAGAGAAGGGUUCCAUUGAUGACCGCGAGACGGCUGCUCACUGGUACAACAGUCUAGAUGAGCGAGGUCAAGAUGAUAUAGAUCGGGCUCCUGCCCAAGACGUUAAGACCUUCGUCCAGAUGCGUGAGAGAUCUCGAGGCUUCUACCGAUCACUCAAGAAGACGUGGAAGGCUAACGCUGCUGGAAAGUCGAUCACCACUAAUGUUGCUACUGCUGCGGGUCCGGCGACUACAACUCAGGUUCAUCAAUCUCUUCCUACACAGCCGGCCUCAACUCGUCCAAAGCCUUCUACAUUCUGGGACACUACAGCCCAACGCCCUGCCGACGGUGUGACAGACGGGUCUAUAUUCAACCUCGACUUCAUACGGAAGUUCCGGUGUCAACGUUGUCUCUGCCACGACCACAGUACUGGCUCUUGCAAACAAUCUAAGAUGGCCUUCGAUUCUCUCCGUUGUGCUCGAUGCGGGACUCAUCAUGAUCCCGUACGGUUCCCAGAAGCUCACUGUCGAGACAGCAAUUGCUACCGCUGUGGGAAGCGAGGUCAUAUGAGUCGUGCUUGUCCCGAACCACUACCUCAGAAACCCGAUACCACCCCUUCAAGUUCUACGGGUACCGAAGGGGCCAAGAUUCAGGCUAAUGUAGUCCAGAUCACUGACUCCGAUGGGUCUGGAUUACCCAUGAUAAAAUUAGCUAUCUCAUCACCUGACUACGACUCGCCCAAGCCCGAAGGUCGUGUAGCUACUAAUGCUCUACUGGAUUCUGGUGCUGAACAACCGCUAUGUGCCGAAGAUGAGUAUAAUCGAUGGUGUGAUGCUGGUCUCGUCCUCCCACUAGUCCCUGAUCCACGGACCAUCAUCUUCGGUAACCCCUCACACCAAUCAGCGACUCUCGGUAGAGCUAGUGUGAUCCUACAUCUCGACGACCGAACUUCUAUCGUGGCCGAUAUACUAGUGGUCAGGUCGCUCAACUACCCCUUCAUCGUGCCAACUAGUCUAUUACGACGUACAGGUGGUGCGGUAUGGAUGAUCUACCCUAAUGCUGCUCAACAAGAUAGAAUCAUAGUUGGUCAGGAAUGUCAACAGCUACUGGCUACUCCUCUUGACCCCAGGUCUGAUAUGGAGGCAACUGCCCCUUCUCCUUAUGUGAAAUGCCAUCAAGUGACUGCGAAGAACAUCAACGAUAUGAGCCUCAACGAUGUGUCUAUCAACCACCAACGAGUGAAGAACAGCCCCAAGGCCGUGGACCUCCCUGUCACUCUGGUUGACGACCAGCCUAAAAGCCCAGAAUCAGUGGUGUCUUCACCACGCCUGGUAGAAGCGACUACAUGGGCGAUCAAACUCCAGCGUGCUAUCGCUGCUACUAUCACGAGUUCGGCAGGAGAUAAGGUGGUCAAGUUGAGCCUCAAUGAUGAUCAAGGACUUCAAAUGGAAAGUCCCAGAGUAGCUGAGGUUCAAUUCCAUCCCGUAGUAGAAGCUACUCUUUUCACUCCGUCGCCAUCGCCACGCUCGAGGAAGCUCAUGCCAGGGCGAAAACUUGGCAGUGGCUCUUUCGGGGAGAUAUUUCUCGCGGUGAAUGUCCAGACGGGAGAAGAGGUCGCCGCUAAAUUGGAAAGUGUUAAGUCGAAGCAUCCCCAGCUUUUGUAUGAAGCUAAGCUCCUUAAGCAUCUCCAAGGCGGUCCGGGAAUCGCCAAUGUACAUUAUUGCGAUGUUGAAGGAGAAUACAAUGUACUGAUAAUGGACGUCCUUGGGCCCAGUUUAGAAGAUCUGUUCAAUACGUGUAACCGAAAGUUCACUCUUAAAACUUCUCUCAUGCUUGGGGAUCAAAUGCUACACCGUAUAGAAUACCUACAUUCGAAAAAUUUUAUUCAUCGUGAUAUGAAGCCGGACAACUUUUUGAUAGGGCGUGGGAAAAAGGCGGCAACUGUUUUCUUGAUCGACUUUGGACUAGCGAAAAAAUAUCGCGACCCUAAAACUCAUCAGCACAUUCCGUAUAGAGAAAAUAAGAGCCUUACGGGAACUGCGAGAUACGCUAGUAUAAAUGCUCAUCUUGGCAUAGAGCAAUCGCGUCGAGACGAUCUAGAAGCAAUAGGAUAUGUCCUGAUGUACUUCAAUCGUGGCUUAUUGCCGUGGCAAGGGAUAAAGGCUAACACUAAACAAGAGAAGUAUCAUAAGAUUAUGGAAAAGAAAAUGUCAACACCGGUGGAGGUGUUAACUCGAGGGUUUCCAGCGGAGUGGGCAACAUAUCUAAACUAUUGCAGAGCAUUACGGUUCGAGGACAGGCCGGAUUAUGCCUAUAUUCGGAGGAUAUUCAAGGAUUUGUUUAUGCGGCAAGGAUUCCAAAAUGAUGGAAUUUUCGAUUGGAUGCAGUUGAACAACUCUGGGAAUUCUCGGGGAGUAAGGAUGACCAACCAGGGCUCGAUGGUAGCAGCACUUGGCGUGGUUGAUAAGCGAGGAUUGGUCGAACCACGCAGACGGAAUCAUACGAGGGAGGACGGUACUGGUAUGGCAAUCGGAGGAGAAGGAGUGAACACAGUGUUGGAGUAG